AUGAAAUUUUUCGACCGUGGUACACUGCAAGUUGAGACGGAGAAGGAAUCACUGAAACGACCUCUACCAGCGGCUUUCACACAAUUUGAUCCAGUAAGCAAGCGUCCACUACCUAUCAUACCUCAACAAAUGCAAAACAACAUGCUCACACAUCAACAAUUGAUGCAACAAGCGGCACUACAGGCGGCGAUGCAAGCACGAACAAUGGCAUCCACCGGACAGAACUCCUAUCUAUCCGCAACUGCACAUCUUCGUCCGCUCGACGGUAAUGGAUCGCAACAGUUACGCCCGCUGGACCCGUCCCAACAACUGCGACCGCUCGACACGGCCGCCGCGCAGCAGAUGCGGCAAAUGGAUCAGGCGGCUGCGGCCGCAGCGCAAGCGCAGGCGCAGGCACAGUACCGCGCGCACGACCAGAGCGUUGCGCAACAAUUACAGAGGCAGCUACAGCCACAGAUGUUACAGAAUCAGGCUGCGCUACAAAUGCGAAAUCAACAAAUGACUGUACAAGAGUACCAUAAUUUGCUGCGACUGACCGCUCAACCGGCUGGUAUUCCACAACGACGACAAAGUAUAGCCGGGACAAAUAUGAACGCACAGAUGGCCUCAUCGGUUCCGCGUCUUCAACGUCCAGCAGUCUCGAUGGCUGGAGCACAGCCAACACUUCAAUUCUCUCAUCAAAUGGGCACCCCGCUCUCCUCAAUCGCUCCUCCUCUCUCCUUGGCAGCGCCGAUUCCGUUACCGCAGCCGAACCUCCUGGCUCAACAGUUGAUGUCAAAUGCGAUGCGAGCACCGGCUCCAAGCAUGGGCCCACCCUCUAUGGGAAUGGCCUCUGUCAGUCAAGCCCAACCAAUGCCAUCUUCUUUAGCGACUCCAUCCACCUCGGCUACCGCACCCACCGGUGGCAUGGAUGACGCUGAAUUUCUAGCUUUUCUUGAAAAUGUGCGUCAAAUUGAAGCGCAUCUAACGCGUACGUUGGCUGAGAGCAUACAGCGCUCUACGGCCACACAGCAACAAAGUCAAUAGGGGCGUGGCUGUCCCUAAUUGGAGCGCCCCAGUGCGUGUACCGAACCGAUAAUUGCUGUCGACGCUUUGAUCUCUGCUGUGAUCUCAGCCAAACGGUUAUGUAUCUUUUUGGUUACCUAAGUGUUUCUGUUGUUCAAAUCGUUUUUGUAAGUGUAACAUCAUUUUUGGACGAGUUCGUUUGAUAUUUGUUUCCCUUUAAUCUCCGUGAUCCCACCCCGUCCACUCAUAUCCAUUGCGUACAUUGCGCGCCAUGUCCCUUCGUUUUUGACCUCCGCGAGUGACUUUCCGGUUGAAAGGUGAUUUGAUUUCUUCUUUUUUUGGUAGACCCAUGCCCUGUUGGAUGAAUCGUCUCUUGUAUAUAUGUGCUAG